AUGGCUAAAAGUCCUGCAAUGGGCAUGGAGUGUUUACUUGGUGACCCGACGCUGGAAGAGAAAUUCAGGCGAUUUAAAAAGCGUGAUUUGACAGAAACGUACCGAUUUCAGAAGGCAUGUGGAUUGUUGGGACAGCAAAAAUGCAGCAGUAGUGCCUUUAGGAAGCAUAUUAUGGAUAAAAGGAGCAUCUUUCCCGCAACUCAUCCACAACCAACAUGCCAUGACGCUCGACCUGCAGUACCUGCAUCAGGCCACAGGGGCGCUGCUGCUGCUCAGUUAUUUUACACCCGCUUCCCUGAAGACAAACCCGCCGAACACCCGGACUGGAUCAGCGACAGGAGAGCCUUCAGACGGGCGCUGGACGGGAUGGGAAAUCUACGCAAAUGGCUCAAAAAUAAACCGAUACUUUCCGACCUGGAGGUUCACAUCACGGAACGAGACAGAAGAGCUAAGCUGAUUUCAGCAUCUUUCCCCCCAGAAGCAAGCAUUUUUACACCACCACAAAAUGAUGCCAAUUCCGAUCACACACUUCAGCGUGACGUUGAACAAGUGAAGUGUUUUCUGCGCUUGCGUGAAGCCUGUAGUUUCUCUAAACUCUUGGAUUGGAAUGGAACUGGUAAAUUAAAGCAAGCAGAUCUGUUUACUCGGUUCAAGAAGGAAGGCUUCUUGAUCCCACCUGAGCGAAUGAAUGUGCUGAUGUCCGCUUUAAAUAGUAAGGAUGGAGACUCAGUGACUGUGGAGGACCUGGCGGCUGCUAUUCAUACCUGGAGCAGAAAGCAUCAGGAAAGAGAAGAACUGAAUUCAAACCCUGACAACGAGCAAGAGAUUUCAUUAGGACUUCAUCCUAAAACUCAUGGAGAAGAGAGAAAUGACCAGGAGGGCCUGCAGGAUGUGGAGGUGUUAGCAAUCAUGCGCAGAGGUCUGACCUCUUCCCGUUCUGCAGUGAGCAGCUUUAUGGGCAGAGAAGUGGAUCAUUUCAGAAGACUUUGCUUUAGUGAAUAUCUGAAAUCACUGGAGCAAUGCCAACGACAGGGGCUUAAUGUGAGCCAGACCACUCUACAGAGGGUCCUGCUGCACCCUAGUGACCUGAACCUCUAUAGCAGCUCUAAAUUGGAGGGGAAUGCUCACUUAGGCUGUAGUGAACGAGAACAAGGCCUGACCUUAAUCAGGAAACCCCAAACAUAUCAAGUUCAAGAAGGAGCACACAAGCGCCACAGAGACACGAAGAAGCAGUCAAUUGGAUGGGCAGAUCCAAAUGCCUUCUGGCCUGGAAAGGAAGAUCAUGUGCGUUUGUUUCUGCCUGUAAAGACAAGCUCUCCUGCAAUGGUUUUAUUUCAGCGUAUUGAACGCACUGUUGUGCCAAGUCCCGGACACUGGCCUGUGAACCAUUUAGGAUAUUCAACCUCUGGAGAUAUAGAAGCUCGCAAGAUCUACAACCUCUAGGACAUUUUUGAACCACUGUCUAUAUAAAAUGUAACAGUGACUAACUAUGUUUACAUGGACAUCAGUAAUCUAAUUAUUUGCCCUAAUCUGAAUAAGACAAUAAUAUGAUUAAUGUGUUUACAUGAGUUGCUUUUUGAAUGUUCCUUUCAUGAUCCUGUUUUACAUGUUAUAACACAUAAUUUGAUUAACGUCAUUGUGUCACCAUGCUGUCCACAUUAGGCAUGGGACGAUAACCGGAUUAAAGGUUUACCGCAAUUUGGAAAAGUCAAGGUUUUAAUACCACUAAAAUGUUCUGUUAUACUAUUCCCAAGGUAUAUGUAAGGUUUUUUUAAAUAUUUUUUUAUGUGUUGUAAAGAAAUCCAUGUUUUUGAAACGAAUGAA